AUUGGCCAGAGAACGACAAAUCGUUUCAGAGAAUACUCUGUAGCCUGGAGGCGCUUCGGGAGCACGAGUCGCGCGAUGAUGGGUUUAAGGAGCGAGAUGACUGUACACGGAGAGAUUAUUAGGUUCGGAAAUUGACAGUCGCGAGUGGAGUCAUGAAAUCACGUCGGUAGGCGUGGAAAAACUCUGCGCGAGGUUUUCAGCAUGCAAUAAUUGCGGAGCUUGCUGGAAGUGGGAUGUCAGCAAGACCCGAGAGGACGACUUUCCUCGUACAUUGACAUUGACUGGAGUAGUGUCGGUAGAGCACGGCUGGCAGGUUAGCCAAGUGGAAUCUAGGAUCUUUGGAAUAGCAUGACUACGUUGAACGCACUCCAAAAAAUGGCGGAUCGUUCUCGAGUUUUUCGAAGCAACCAUUCGAGUAUUUUGGCAGGUGGAAAUUGGCUCAUCUGCCCGCAGCUCGCCCCUCACAAUUUGAAUACGUGACAGCUUGGUCUUCCAGGAACUACGAGCAUUUUAUGAUUUCAGCGGCGGACGCAUCUCUGAUUAAUGUUCGAUGAUUCACGUGAGGGUUUCAGAGGUCGAAGAAGUUGCCUGCAAGUUCUCGAAGAAGGAAUGUUUACCAGGAAGCGGGACACGGGGAUGACCCUCGUCAAGUGUUCUUCGUAGAGAAGUCUGAAUGACGAAGGCGAAACGCGUCAUGAUCGGAGCUGGCUAUGGUUAAAGCAGGAGAUGGGUUGUAAGCUGCGGUGGUUUGAUAACGAUUCUGUCAUUGAAAUGCUGCGCCAGGAGCUUGAUGGGUAAUUUCUGAAAUCGGAUAGUACGACACUGCGGUCUUAACCAUUCGAACCCAAUCGAUUGCGCGGGCAAGGCGACAGUGCCAGAGUACUCCAGACUGAUUUCGCACGUGGAACUUUUUCCUGGAGAAUAAGUAGCUGGUAGGUAAUUUUCACUAUUUCUAGUGGAUGACACGAAUUUGCAGUCGCGAGUUGACAGUACCAAGGAUCCAGUGACUGGAGUGAUCAAAAUGGGGAAUAGGGCAAACAGUUCUCUUUUUGAAUCAGGAAGGCACAGAUUUUGUCUAGGCAUGCUUCUUAGUAUCGGCAGUAUUUUUACCGUGGUGGCCUACUUCCUGUACCUCCAUCCUUGCGAGUUUUUCGGCUCUGAACUUUGUGAAAGGCAAGGUCCGGCAAACCCUCCUCCUGCUAUCGUGCAAAGAACCUACACUGAUGCGGAAGUUGCCGCUCACGCUGUUGCCAGAGAUGUGCUCGCACGACAUUCACAUGGACGUCCGCCUUUCUCUAAAAUUGCCUUCAUGUUCAUGACCCCUGGAAACUUGCCCUUCGAGUCAAUCUGGCAUGAAUUUUUCAAGGGUCAUGAAGGAUACUUCACUGUUUACGUCCACGCCUCAGAGAGCAGCAACUUUGAAUGGAAGAGCCCAUAUUUUGUUGGGAAGGAGAUCCCUAGCAAGAAGGUUUUCUGGGGAAGGAUUGAGAUGGUUGACGCGGAGCGGCGGUUGUUGGCGAAUGCGCUUCUGGAUCCCGCCAAUAUGUUUUUCGCUCUUCUCUCAGAAUCGUGCAUACCGCUUUUUGACUUCGAAUACGUCUACAGCUACUUGGUGAAUGCCGAAACAAGCUUUGUAGAUAGCUUUGAUGAUCCUGGCCCACAUGGAAGAGGUCGUUAUUUGGACCACAUGCGACCAGAAAUUAGACCAGAAGAAUGGCGGAAAGGGGCACAGUGGAUUGCUGUGCAUAGGAAACACGCGAUAAUCAUUGUGUUGGAUCACGUGUACUACAACAAGUUCAAAACCUUCUGCAAACCAGGGCCAGGGGUUGACCAAGAGAAUUUCAACUGCGUAGCGGAUGAGCACUACAUUCCCACCCUGUUGCAUAUAAUUGACCCAACAGGCACAGCCAACAGGUCCUUGACAUACGCAGACUGGUCAGAGGGAAACUGGCAUCCUCGGUCUUUCGGGAAGGAUGACGUGACACCUUACGGCUUCAUGGAGAUGCAAGUUAUUGAUACAAUCACCCACAAGACAAGUGAAGAACCAGCCAGAGUAGAGAGUGAACCAUGCAUGUGGAGUGGAAGCCAGCAUCCUUGCUAUCUCUUUGCGAGAAAGUUCAAGCCGGAAGCUCUCGAAGCCUUGGAAGAGAUCUUCCCUAGUGUCACCCGAACUAACCAUUGACACUAAGUCCGAUGCGGAAUCUCUUGCAGCUCAAAGUUCGAGGAGAUGCUUCUGGGUUGUCUGGUCGUCAACAGAUCGAAGCAUAUGCAUAUAGUGACUUCAGCAAAUGAUCACUCUACCAAACUCUACACUACGUUUCUCAUCUUACAACGUUGUAAAGUUCAUCUGCUUGACUGCUCCUGGCCUUUUGCCAAGCAAUUGACGUGGCACGUCAGAUUACACC